AUGACAACUCAAUUACGUAAUAAAGGAAUAACGCUGGAAGAAUGGGAAUCAAAGACCCAACUUACAGAAAUACAAAAGCAAAGUGUUCUGGAACUUCAAGAAGCUUGUGCAGAGUUACCAUUACCUGACGGUUUUCUAAACGAUCUCGGUCCAGGAACACCUCAGCGUACAGCAUCCCCAACUCCAUUGUCUAUUAAAGAUAACCAUAGAUCCUCACCAUAUCCUGGUUCCAUGCCAUCCCUAUUUUCCAUCCCAAAGUCACGUUCUACAGUUAAUCUUUUAACAGCUGAAUCUGACUCUGCUAUUAUAUCUUCUUCACCCUAUUCCGUCCUUGGAAUACCACAACCAAUUGAGACUACACAACAAUUUUUCGAUUGGUUUGCCAGGAUGGAAAAUGAUAUGGAAAAGGAUCAAGAGGAUGUCUAUAGGAAUUUCCUUGAAAUGGUUACUUCAUAUCGGCAAGCAUGUGAUACUUUUCUAGAACAAAUAGAUACAACUGUCAAAUUAUUUAAUGAUUUGGAUGGUAAUUUCAAAUUUGUAGAGGAAAGAACAAAAGCUUUACAAACAGCUUGUGAGAAAUUAUUAGAAGAACAGAACAAUCUUACAUCAUUAGCAGAUGCAAUAUCUUCAAAACUUUCUUAUUACAAUGAGCUAGAAACUAUUACUAAAUUAUUCAAUUCCCCCGGCGAAAAUAUCUGUGAACAACCAGAAUUUAUUCCAGUAUUAGCAAAACUAGAUGAAUGUUUAGAUUACAUGCAGAGUAAUAGAUUCCGAGCUUUAUCUUAUGCGGUUCAGACAAUGUAUGACUCGCGGAAUCACCCUAAUAAAAAU